UCUACAAAGCUCGUUUAGGCGGGACAGUGCAGAGAAGAGCAUGAGAAGCAGUUUCUGUUAAUAAAUUUGUAGAACGGUCUCUGUCACGGUUUUAAUAAGACAUGACCUCUUUUGUAACCGAAGUACUUGCCAGUUCAGGGAAACUAGAAAAAGAUGACCUCGCUUCCAAAAUAUCUAAGCUGUCACGGAAAGUGGAGGAAACUAAGGAGGAGGUGUUUGACAUGCUGAAUAAGAAGUACAGUGACUUUCUGCCCAGCAUGCAAGCAGCCGAGGAGCUUAUGGACCAGGUGGAGACGGUUUCUAAAGACAUUGAUCUGUUGAAAAGUUGUAUUGAAAAUGAGGUUCAGCAGAACCUUCAUGAGGCCAUGACAGAGUACGCCAAGCUCAAACAGCAACUGGAGAAGAACACAACAGUCAUCAGCAUGCUUCAGCACUUACAGGAGUUUGACACAGCGAUAGGAGAGUAUCAGAAGGCCUUACAGGAGCAGAAGUAUGUCGUUGCCGCUGAGCAGUACAUAAAGGCUCGCAACAGUGUGGAUGCGCUGAAGGCUUGGAGAAGUGCUGACAUCCCUUUAUUUCAAGCUCUGGGCUCUGAACUCACCAUCCAGAGGGAAAAUCUCACAUACCAUCUGGGAGAGGAGUGGCAGAACCAGGCUGUGUGGAAGCUCCCUCCCAGUAAAGAGUUGACCAGCAUGGAGUCUUUCCUGACCACAGAGCUCCACCUGAACACUGGUGCAUCACCUGAGAGGGAAGAAGGCACUCAUCCUCUCCUGGCCAGUGUUCUCCAAGCCCUUGCCAUCCAGGGAGAGCUCCACAAAAAGAUCAAACUGUUUGGUCAGGUGCUGCUGAGGUACAUGCUGCGGCCCCUGAUUGUUUACCCGUGUGUGCUGGUGGAGGUGAGAGACGUGCCUGAGCAGGGCAGUGUAAUCAGCCUGCAGUAUAAGGAGAGUCAGACAGAACAUUCAGCCCCCGCACAGGUCUAUGCCAAAGUCCUGACCGUACUCAAAGCUCUUCACACACAUCUGUUUGGUAUGACCUGCACAUCCACUAUGGGACACUCUUCAAACAGACAAACACUGGUUUUGUCGGCGAUCCUGGGAGACCUGAUUUGGGAGGAGAUGUGUGACUGUAUUAUCCAGGAAUGUCUGCUGUAUUCCAUACCGUCCAGUAGCAGCCAGCUGCCAGAAUACGGCACGGUGAUUAAGGAGACAGAGGAUUUUGAGCGCUCUCUGAGGGAGAUGUGUUAUCUCAGCGGAGACUCAGACCUGUUAAAAUAUGCCAAAAACGUCAGCUGUCAUUUCGCCAAUAAAAAAUGCCAGGAUGUCAUUGUGGCAGCUCGGAAGCUGAUGACAUCAGAGAUGCACAACACGGUGAAAAUCACUCCCGACUAUAAGCUGUCCAUGCCCAAACUGCCCAUUUUGGGUGGAGGGGACGGUAAGAGAGGCAGUCAGUCAGAGAAGCCCAGUCUGCAGCAGGAGAAGCAGCUGGGCGAGAGGACGCUGUGUCUGCCUGCGUGCCGUAUCAGUGAGUCUGUGCAGCAGCUGAUGGAGCUGGCCCUCCGCACGCUGUCAGAGGCCGUUGGCAGCUCCAACAAGUGUGCUGUCCAGCUCUUCUACACAGUACGAAACAUCUUCCAUCUCUUCUACGAUGUUGUGCCCACAUAUCACAGGGAGAACCUGCUGAGGUUCCCUCACCUGGCUGCCAUCCAGCAUAACAACUGCAUGUUCCUGGCUCAUCAUCUUCUGACGCUGGGCCACCAGUUCAGACCACACCUUCCUCUGACAGACGGAGUCUGCUACUUCGUCGAUUUGGUUCCAGGCUUCCGUAAACUCGGCGCUCAGUGCUUUGUGGCCCAAAUGAACGUCCAGAAAGCAGAGAUGCUGGAGAGGUUGUCCACUGCUAGAAACUUCUCUAAUCUAGACGAUGAGGAGAACUACUCUGCAGCCAGCAAGGCAGUCAGACAGGUCAUUCACCAGUUAAAGAGGUUGGGGAAAGUUUGGCAAGAUGUCUUACCUGUCAAUAUUUACUGCAAAGCCAUGGGCACCCUUCUUAAUACAGCCAUCACUGAGCUGAUUACCAAGAUCAUGAUGCUUGAGGAUAUUUCUUCCAAGGAUGGUGAACACCUCCACACACUGUGUCAGACCAUCAUAGAGGAAGGCCCCCUGGUUUUCACACCAUUCCCUGAGGAAAGCAAGAACAGGAAAUACCAAGAGGAAGUGCCAGUAUAUGUUAAGAAGUGGAUGACCUUCAAAGAGCUCUCCAUUGCAUUGAAAGCCAGCCUGCAGGAAAUUGUGGACAGGUGGGCAGAGGGAAAAGGUCCCCUGGCACUGGAGUUCUCCAGCACAGAGAUGAAGAGUUUGAUCCGAGCUCUGUUCCAGAACACAGACAGACGGGCUGUGGCCCUCACCAAAAUCAAAUAGACUCUGAAAAGAAAUGCGUACUCCUCACUCCUGUGCCUUUUCUUUGACCGUCUGGACAAAAUGUCAAAGAUUCACAGUUCUGUUUAUAUCUAUUAAAAAAAAAGC